CUGAUGGAAAAUUUCACCUUCAACAGCCUCACUCUGCAGAUGGAAGGGAUAAAAGUGACUCCAAUGUCGAUGUACCCUCUCUUUUUCUUCUUCCUUUCCAUCUACCUGUUCAUACUGAUAUCUAAUGUGGGCAUUAUAAUCAUGAUUUGCAUGGACAGAAGCCUCCAUCAGCCCAUGUACCUGCUCUUCUGUAACCUGUCGUUUAACGAUGUUCUUGGUAACUCGUACAUGGUGCCCCGCCUGAUGUCGGACAUCUUGCUGCCGCCGGCUGAGCGCCUCAUCAGUUACUAUGAGUGUGUUGUUCAGGCUUUCUGUUCCCACAUUUUUGGCACUGCUUCCCACACGGUGCUGAUGAUCAUGGCCUUCGACAGAUAUGUUGCCAUCUGUAAUCCUCUGCGUUACUCUAUGAUAAUGACCAACAGGAUGGUGAUGAAGCUGACCGUCUCUGCCUGGGGGUCAGCCUUGGUUCUGGUGGGGAUUCUGCUGGGCCUGACGGUCCGGCUGAGCCGCUGCAGGACUCUGAUCACCAACCCGUACUGUGACAACGCCUCACUGUUCAAGCUGUCCUGCGAGAGCGUGGAGAUCAAUAACAUCUACGGCCUGACCUUCACCGUGGUUCUGUUGACCUCCUCCAUCGGCAGCAUCGUCUUCACCUACACCCGGAUCACCAUGGUCUGUCUGACCAGCAGGAACAAGUCUGUGAACAGCAAAGCCCUGAAGACCUGCAGCACACACCUCUUCGUCUACAUGAUCAUGUUUGUAUGUGGAAAGUUUAACAUCGUGGUCCAUCGCUUCCCUCAGUUCGUAGACCAAAGGAAGUUGGUAGCCAUCUUGUUCCACAUCGUCCCUGGAAGCCUGAACCCCGUCAUCUACGGAGCUCAGUCCAAAGAGAUCAAGAAAUUCCUGUCCAUGUUGUUCCGGUCCAGAAAGGUUCUGUCAUCGUAA